AUGGAACCCAGCAACGCAAUUUCCAAGGUUGGCAGUUUGCGCUCAAUGGGGAAUCGCACUUGCUGGAAUGGGAUUCGUUCUCACGCCGUCGACUUUGGUUCCAUGGUUCACUCUCGCGCCAGGCUCCACGGUUACGAGGCAGACAACAAGAACAUCAAAUUACUUCGACUACGCAGUUUCACUAUUGGCAAGCCUAUUGCCGACGAUGAACUCACUGGAGACAAUGCCCAAGAGAUGAUUGCUACUCUGGUUGGGGUCAUGGAGCCUUUCGUAAGCCCUGUUCCAAUCUAUCGAUUCCCGAUUUCCCUUUCCCGCCGGUUUUGCCCCCUCUUGACUAGUCUGUUUUCACUUCUAAGCUAG